AUGGCAUCAUUCAACCUCACCACCUCUGACCCUUCAACAUUCAUCCUCAUGGGCAUCCCUGGCUUAGAAGCUGCCCAUGUCCUGAUUUCCAUCCCUUUGUCUAUGUUCUACAUUAUGGGCCUGUUGGGAAAUUUUACGGUUUUGUUUGUUGUAAGCAAAGAGGAGACCCUGCACAAGCCGAUGUACCUGCUGAUCUGCAUGCUGGCGCUCACAGACAUCAACAUAUGUACCUCAGUCGUACCAAAGGCACUGUGUAUAUUUUGGUUCAAUUUGACCAGCUUUACUGUGGGUGGCUGCCUCACCCAGAUGUUCUUCUUUUAUGCGAGUAUGGCUAUGCAUUCAGCCGUCCUUGUGACAAUGGCCUUCGAUCGCUAUGUUGCCGUGUGUGACCCUCUGAGAUAUACCAUCAUCCUGACCAAUGCACGGAUAGCUAAGUUAGGGCUUGUGGGUUUGAUAAGAUCUGUUCUCAUCGCGCUGCCUGCGCCCCUGCUCCUCAGCAGGCAGCCAUUCUGUGCCAAUCGCAUUAUCCCCCAUACGUACUGCGAGAACAUAGCUGUGGUGAAGAUGACGUGUGGGGACACAAUUGUCAACAGGAUGUAUGACUUAGUGAUAGCGUCUGUAGUCAUUGGGUUAGACCUGAUGCUCAUUGCUCUAUCCUAUGGUCUAAUCAUAAGGGCUGUCUUCAGAAUCUCCUGCAAGAAAGCCCACCAAAAAGCCCUCAACACCUGUACUGUCCACAUCUGUGUGAUUCUGACCUCGUAUACUCCCUUACUCUUUUCUAACCUUACACACUGGUUUGGUCUGGGCAUUGCUCCCCAUGUUCACGUUAUCUUGGCCAACCUCUAUUUCCUCAUCCCCACUGUGCUCAACCCUAUCAUUUAUGGGGUCAAAACAAAAGAGCUUCAUGACAGAGUGUUUAAAUACAUCUGCCGAAUAUGA